UUACCCUCAUUAGCAUCCGGGCUGCGGGGCGUCUGUUGGAGGGCUCGGGCCCGUCCGCCCUGAGGAGGGGCUAAGUCCCCUCCCCGAGCUCUUGAAAAACCCGCCUGUGGUGGAGUAAGCUCAGGACUGCUUAGGGUCUUUGAGGGUCAGGUACAACUGUCCCUGAAGCUAGGUCACAUUGAAGUUUGGAACAGGGAGUCUUGCCCCUUCAUUCUUUCUGUUUCUUUCUGUGGAACCGAAAACCUCGGUAAAUUUGCCUUUGGAACAGACAGUAAGAGAGGUGUCAGAGUUUUCCAUUUAGAUAGACAACUUCAAAUUCUCAGCAUGGAAAACUCAGAGAAGACAGAAGUGGUUCUCCUUGCUUGUGGUUCCUUUAAUCCUAUCACCAAUAUGCACCUCAGGCUGUUUGAGCUGGCCAAGGACUACAUGAAUGGAACAGGAAAAUAUGAAGUUAUCAAAGGCAUAAUUUCUCCCGUCGGCGAUGCAUAUAAGAAGAAAGGACUCAUCUCUGCCCAUCACCGAGUUAUCAUGGCACAACUCGCCACCAAGAACUCAAAAUGGUUGGAAGUUGAUACAUGGGAAAGUCUUCAACAGGAUUGGAUAGAGACUGCCACGGUGCUAAGACACCAUCAAGAGAAGCUGGAGGCCAGUAGCUGUGAUCACCAGCAGAACUCACCUGUACUGGGAAGACCUGGACGGAAGCGGAAGUGGGCUGAACAAAGACAAGAUUUUAGUCAAAAGAAAUCACUAGAGCAAACAAAAACAAAAGGUGUGCCAAAGGUGAAGUUGCUGUGUGGAGCAGAUUUCUUGGAGUCUUUUGGUGUGCCCAAUCUGUGGAAGGGUGAGGAUAUCACCAAAAUCGUGGGAGACUAUGGGCUUAUAUGUGUUACUCGGGCUGGAAAUGAUGCUCAGAAAUUCAUCUAUGAAUCCGACGUGCUGUGGAAACACCAGAACAACAUUCACCUGGUGAAUGAAUGGAUCACCAAUGACAUCUCAUCCACAAAGAUCCGGCGAGCCCUCAGAAGGGGACAGAGCAUUCGCUACUUGGUACCAGACCUUGUCCAGGAAUAUAUUGAGAAGCAUAGUUUGUAUAGCUCCGAGAGUGAGGAGAGGAAUGUUGGGGUGAUCCUAGCUCCUUUGCAGAGAAAAAUUGCAGAAGCUGACACAUAAGAAAUUCUCCAGCAUGGUAUUGUGGACUUCCCUUUUGGGAAUUUGAAACAGUGUGGGUGUUAGUGAAUGGGGGAAGGAAUUGUGAUCCUCUUUAAUAAAUUAAAGUUUAAAAGGUUGGUUAAAAUCAGUAAUAAUUUAAAAUCAGGUUUAUCUUUUUAUCAGAAGUUACUAAGAUGAAUGAUUUCAAUUUUUUUUUUUAGGAAUAUACAAAUCCCUUUAUCUUUAAAACAAGAGAUUAGUAGCAGAGCUAAUUGUAGAAAAACAUAGAAGAACAUUCAAUAUACAAAUCCCUUUAUCUUUAUUUUUUUAUUAUUAUUUUUAUAAAUUUAUUUUAUUUAUUUAUCUUCGGCUGCGUUUUGGCUGCGUUGGGUCUUCGUUGCUGUGCGCGGGCUUUCUCUAGCUGCAUCGAGCUAGGCCUACUCUUUGUUGCGGUACACAGGCUUCUCAUUGCGGUGGCUUCUCUUGCUGCAGAGCAGGGGCUCUAGGCGCGCGGGCUUCAGUAGUUGUGGCACGUGGGCUUCAGUAGUUGUGGCUCGCGGGCUCUAGAGCGUAGGCUUCAGUAGUUGUGGUGCACGGGCUUAGUUGCUCUGCGGCAUGUGGGAUCUUCCCAGGCCAGGGCUUGAACCCGUGUCCCCUGCACCCCUGCAUUGGUAGGCGGAUUCUUUUUUUUUUUUUUUUUUUAUAAAAAAGUUUUACCUGAUCUUUAUUACCAGGAUAACAUGAAAUAAAAAGCUCUUAAGCAUUUAUACACAGAGAAAAAUCAAUAGGGAGACUGGUAGGACUCAGUAUCCAUAGUAGCUAAAAUAGGAAAAGGCCAGGGACUUUAUCAGUGGAGUCACAAAACAGACUUAACCAAAACUGCAAGCUAGGCAACAAGCAGUUUCACUUCAGAGACUUUAUUGCGGGGCCCCAGUUACCUUAUCUGAAAAUAAAUGAUUAUAAGUAACACUUAUCUGAAGGGAGAAUUCUGGGAGAAUUAAACUAUCCCCUACAAGACGCAAUGAGCAUACUUAGGUAUUAAGACCUGAUUGCUUAGGGUGUGAAAGUUCACAGCACAGUCUACUCCAGGACCUUCCUUAAAGGUUUAAAAACCUCAAACAAAAGUUCUUAAUACAAGAACCAAUGUUUAAAGCAUAAAAUCCUUUCUUGGAGUGUUCAGCCCAGUUGAUUAUCAAAAGCUAUUUAUAAAAUGCUUCAAUACUGAUGAUAUUAAAACUACCAAAACUCUGUAAUGAUCACAAAGAUUUGGCCUCCCAGGUUAGAGUCCAAAGUCAUUCUGACACCUGAUAACAUUGCAGAGAUGUCAGUCAGAUGCUUCUUAACCUAACAAUGUGGCAUCUGCUGUCUAUGUUUGCCGUCAAUCAUAAUCUCCAGCCAUCUUCUUAAUGUGUGACAAUUUGCUCUUCAACUGCUUGCCGUAAUUCCUCUUACUUUUGUAAUCUGCAGAUCCCUUAACUUGUUUCAGUCUAUUGUGUUCAGCAGCAGCAGCCAUGUACUCUUCACUUUCUUCUCUAUAGUCAUCCAGUUCUUUAUCCAGACGAGAGAGUUCUUUAUUGAUCUCAUCAAGUUCUGCUUGUAAGCUCUUGUAUUCCUGCAGGCCAGUGUCAAAAUUCCUCUUGCAGAGUUGUCUUUGUUGAUCUGAAGUGAUGGGUGGAUAUUCCCUGAUCAGUCCUCCUGCAGCUCAUCGCAGGACUCGCCACCCGUCGUGUAGUCUGUUUCAUAGUGGUCUUGCUCUGAUCUCCUCGACUUUCCUCGGUAGGCGGAUUCUUAACCACUGCGCCACCAGGGAAGUCCCCUCUUUAAAACAAGAGAUUAGUAGCAGAACUAAUUGUAGAAGAACAUUCAAUCAAACUAACUACAAAAAGAAUUCAGAAAAGACAUCCUGGCUUUACCACAGAAAGAGAAGUAAAGUAUGAAAAGUAAAGAGAUCAUUUAAGAUCGUAAUUUUAGUUACGAAAGGAAUGAACAUUUUAUGCAUGCCUUUCUUCCUGGGCAGCCCUCGCUCAGGGUGGCCAAAGAAUUCUUAAAAUAGUGAUCUUGUAAAAUGCAUCACUGAUCAGAUCUCCAGCUGUGCAAAAUACCGGCUGUGAAGUCCUGGCAGAAACUCUGCCAGUAGUUGGUUCUCUCCAGCACACAUCAGAAGGCCAGUGAAGCUUUGCUAGGCACGCUUGCCUGAAGCCCCACCUCUAGAGGCAGGGAGAGGGGUCCGAGCCCUGGAAUGUUUAGAAAGGUACACGGGUGUUUCUGAUGCCCACGAGAGGUAGGGAGCCUCUGCCUUCCCCAUGUUAUGCACAGAUUCUCUUAGCACAGCCCUGCUGUGGCUCGUGGUCCAGCCCUGGCCAUCUGCCAUCUCUGUAUAGAAGGGAUGUCGUGCUACCUGAAACAGAGAGAACCACAGAGAAUGAGAGAUCUCACUCAAGGAUUUUGUGAGGUGUGAAUGCUCUUAGACUUUACUGGUAGCUUAAUUAGAUGGUGAAAGGACAUGAGAAAUGCCACACUGGACCAGCCCAGCAGUUCCUCUUUUUUUUUGUGGCUGCGUUGGGUCUUUGUUGCUGCUCACGGGCUUUCUCUAGUUGCAGCGAGCGGGGGCUACUCUUCAUUGUGGUUUGCGGGCUUCUCAUUGCAGUGGCUUCUCUUGUUGCGGAGCACUGGCUCUAGCCGUACAGGCUUCAGUAGUUGUGGUGCGUGGGCUCAGUAGUUGUGGCAUGCAGGCUCAGUAGUUGCGGCACACAGGCUCUAGAGCACAGGCUCAGUAGUUGUGCUGCAUGGGCUUAGUUGCUCGUGGCAUGUAGGAUCUUCCCGGACCGGGGCUCGAACCCAUGUACCCUGCAUUGGCAGGCAGAUUCUCAACCACUGCACCACCAGGAAAGCCCCCCAGCAGUUCCUUUAGCUCAGAAUUUUGGUUCCUGAUGAAUGGCUUGUGGAAGAAAUCUCCACAGCCUCAAUCUAAAACUCUCGAGUUUCUGAAGACCCCUGCUGUUUCUAUUCCAGCCCACUGUGAACCUGCCAUUUGUGGAUUUAAGCAGAAAAAGAGUCUGUUUUCUUAUACUUUUUCUCUUCUUGUCCUUUUGUAGGAACUUUACCCAAACUAGAACACUCAAAUAAUAAUUGAAGUCAUAACGUUAUGUUAAAAACACAAACUUGUUAUAUGGUUUGCUACUGAUUAAAAUUUUUUGGAAGUUUUACCAAUUAAUAAAGCAAAAAGACCAGAAAUAGCUUUUUCUAGAAUAGUUUUAUGGUUCAUGAAAAUCACUCUGUGAUAGAAAGAGGACUAAAGUUAAAUUUCUAAUGAAAGUAGAAUAGGGACUUCCCUGGUGGCACAGUGGUUAAGAAUCCACCUGCCAGUGCAGGGGACACGGGUUCGAGCCCUGGUCUGGGAAGAUCCCACAUGCCGUGGAGCAGCUAAGCCCGUGCGCCACAACUACUGAGCCCUCGUGCCACAACUAUUGAAGCCCGUGUGCCCUAGAGCCCGUCCUCCGCAACAAGAGAAGCCACCGCAGUGAGAAGCCCGCGCACGUCAGUGAAGAGUAGCCCCGACCCGCCACAACUAGAGAAAGCCCGCGCGCAGCAACAAAGACCCGACGCAGCCCCCCAAAAUAGUAAUAAUAAUAAUUUUAAAAGAAGAAAGUAGAAUAAUUUACCUUUACAUACCUACAUCUAAUAAUUUACAUUUCAUACCUACACCACUCUAAAGGAUUUAUACCUCUGCAGAAGAAAAAAAUGUACUUACACCUGUGCAGUUGGCUAGUCAGAUCUGAAGCCACCAUUUGAAAAAGGAAAAUGUUAAAUAAAGUUGGCAAAUGUAAAUUCUACAA